AAAUUUCUUUUUCAGAUAUAUGAUGAGAAGAAGGAAGAAAAAUUAGAGGAAAAAUUAUUUCUUCCUCCACCAAAACAUUCUUCUAUUCUUUCUUAACAAGGAAUGCACAAUCCACAACUACUAAAAUUUUUCAAUACAAAGAUGUACCUUAACAAGCUUGGAGCUAUGAGUUUCACCGUAAUAAAAUCUACCACAAUGUCGUCUUGAACAAGAUUAUGAGGGCGUGGAGCUAUGCAAAUAAUUGGAUCAUAAAUAUCCUUCAAGUAGACACUUUAACCAUGGACAAUGAUAUCAAGAUUAUGAGAGAUUACAAGUACUUGCAAUCAAUCUUCACGAUUUUAGAUAAAUCGAUUAGGUGCGGCUCGACCACGAUUGAAGAAUCGCGUUGCUCGCGUCGCCAAACGUGUCGUUUCCCUUGAAAGCAAUGCACCGCGCCAAACCGCUGCCUCAAGAAUGCAGAAUUCUCUUACAGAACUUUUGUCGAGCAGUUGGCGUUGAUUAAAGAAACGAAAUAGAUGCAGCAGCGAACAGAGCAAUAAAUUUGAUACAGAAUGGAGUGGUGGCUGUGGGAAGAACGAAGGGGAUAGAGAGAGGAUAUCCAUCGGAAAGUUUCCUUCUUUUUCGAACCGAAAGAGAUCUUCUUCAAGAAAAAAGAUUUGAUUUUUGGAUUGAAGCCGAGCCGAGAAGCCGUGAAUUGAUUAACUCUAAUUUAUGUAUUAAGUUAGAAUACUAUCAAAACUACGUAGUUUUAACAGUGGGACACGGAGUGGGACACCAUUUGUGGGACAGAGGAUCCGAACCGCUCUAUCCCACCCCAUCUCCCAACUCUCUCUCUCUCUCUCUCCCUCCAUACGCACACACAAAAGACAAAACCAAGGUGCUUGGAAGUGGAAUAACUGAAAAUAUGAAGAAAGCGACUGCACUAAUCUUGAUCGGAAUUCUAGUGAUAUGUUGCUGCACAGACGCAUCAAAUGCAGAUUACGUCCUAUACAGAGAUCCAAAGCAGCCAUUGAAUCGAAGAAUAAAGGACCUAAUGAAGAAGAUGACAUUAGAGGAGAAGCUUGGCCAAAUGGUGCAGAUUGAGCGAUCCGUCGCUUCACCACAAGUCAUGACCAAAUAUUUCAUUGGGAGCGUGGUGAGUGGCGGAGGCAGUGUUCCAGCCCCACAGGCGCCCCCCGAGGUGUGGGUCAACAUGGUCAACGAGCUCCAGAAGGGCUCGUUGUCGACCCGUCUCGGGAUACCCAUGAUUUAUGGGAUUGAUGGAGUCCAUGGGCAUAACAAUGUGUACAAUGCCACCAUUUUCCCUCACAACAUUGGUCUAGGUGCUACUAGAGAUCCGCAACUGGUGAAGAGAAUCGGAGCAGCAACUGCUCUUGAAAUCAGAGCUACAGGAAUUCCUUAUACUUUUGCACCUUGCAUCGCGGUGUGCAGAGAUCCAAGAUGGGGUAGUUGCUACGAGAGCUAUAGUGAAGAUCCAAGCAUAGUUCGUGCAAUGACUGAACUCAUUCCCGGCUUACAAGGAGACAUACCACCUCAUUCUCGAAAGGGCGUCCCUUACCUCGCCGGACAAGACAAGGUUAUAGCUUGCGCGGAGCACUAUGUUGGCGACGGUGGAACAACCAAAGGCAUAAACGAGAACAACACAGUAGCAAGUAUGCACCAACUGCUGAGCAUCCACAUGCCCGCCUACUACGAUUCCGUCAUCAAGGGCGUCUCCACUGUUAUGAUCUCCUACUCCAGCUGGAACGGACUCAAAAUGCACGCCAAUCGCCGUCUCAUCACCGGAUUUCUCAAGAAAGUCCAGCGCUUCAGAGGGUUCGUGAUAUCAAAUUGGGAGGGAAUCGACAGGAUCACUUCGCCACCUCAUGCAAACUAUACUUAUUCAAUCCUCGCCGGAGUUAACGCUGGGAUCGACAUGAUUAUGAUUCCAUACAAUUACACUGAAUUCAUCGACGGCCUCACAUUUCUGGUGAAGAACAAGUUCAUCUCGAUGAGUCGAGUCGACGAUGCAGUGAAGAGGAUUCUAAGAGUUAAAUUCACAAUGGGGCUAUUCGAGCACCCGCUGUCUGACUACAGCAUGAGCAAGUACCUAGGCUGUGAGGAACACCGGGAGCUAGCGAGAGAAGCGGUGAGAAAAUCGGCGGUGCUGCUCAAGAACAAGCAAUUGCUCCCGCUCGACAAGAAUGCACCAAAGAUCCUCGUCGCCGGCACACACGCCGACAACAUCGGCAACCAGUGCGGCGGCUGGACCAUCCAGUGGCAAGGCCAGAGCGGCAACAUCACCUCCGGUACGACCAUACUAACCGCCAUCAGGAAAGCGGUGGGCCCCGAAACGGAAGUGGUGUUCAGCGAGAACCCGGACGCGGGCUAUGUGAAGCAGAACGGAUUCUCGUACGCGGUGGUGGUGGUGGGGGAGCCGCCCUACGCGGAGACAUUCGGCGACAGCGUCAACCUCACCCUGCCCGAGCCCGGCCCGAGUACUAUAUCGAACGUGUGCGGCUCCGUGAAGUGCGUGGUGGUCCUGGUCACGGGGCGGCCCGUCGUGAUCGAGCCGUAUCUAGGGCAGAUCGACGCCCUCGUGGCGGCGUGGCUGCCCGGAACUGAGGGGCAGGGCGUCGCCGAUGUUCUGUUCGGUGAUUACGGGUUUACGGGCAGGCUUCCGCGCACUUGGUUUAAGACCGUUGAGCAGCUGCCCAUGAAUGUUGGGGAUAAGCAUUAUGACCCGUUGUUUCCCUUCGGGUAUGGACUCACCACAUAAUCCCACCCCGACCCGUCUGCUUUGUCGGGUCGAAUCGAUUUUCUCUCUCGUGGGCCUCGGACCUUUGUCUGAUCUGAUCCAUCUUGUGUACUAAGAAUUAAUUUUUGUGAGUAAUGAUUUGAAGUAUUUAUUAAUCUCCUUAUUUUAAGAAUGGAGAAAAAAAUGCAAUUUUCCACCCAAAUUAUUGCGGAAGUCCGGAUCUAUGCAAAUUAACUUUAGUUUGUUAUUCUCAAAAAAAAAAAAACUUUAGUUUGUUGGAAAUGACAACCCGAUCAUGCAACUUUUGCCUAGUUGGAAUAAUAUUAGUGGUUCUAAAAGAAGUAUUAGUGUUUUUAUCUUUGUUUAA